CUUAUCCUUCAGUCGUUAUCCGCUCACCGUCGCACCGUUCAGAUCAAACAGUCGUUGCUGAUAAAGUUUCUGUUAUCCAGCAGAAACAUUCGCUCUUAUCGAUUCACGCUCACUGCGGGGUUGCAACGGCUAUACCACACUACGCACAUUCCUCCCCCACAACAGCGAGGCAUUCCGCGGCCUCGAGUCAGCCAUGCGCUCACCACGUUCCGACCUUAACUCAACCUCACGACAACUGCUUCGUCUUGCCGUCAUCGCCAUCACAAUCAGUCCGACAUUGGCAAAUCCUCUCAUCCCCAAGGAACUUGGUAUCAGCGGUUUGUCACUCAACUCACUUUUCGGAAGAGGCAACUGCGAAACCCCUUGCGGUUGGUCCGGUCAAAUAUGCUGUACUGGAGGACAAUCGUGCUACACAGACGCCAACAACCAAGCCCAAUGCGCAUCCACAACAGCUCCCGCACAGAGUGAGACGACCGGCUACUGGAAAUACUGGACGAGCACCUGGGUAGAGACACAUACUGAGACAGACAUCAUCACCAAAUACAGUACUGGAAGUUCUUGGUGUGGUGAUGCAUCGACUACUGCUGUUGUUGGAGGAGGAGGCGGAGUAGCUACAUCUGUUUGGGUUGCUCCUUCCUCCGCCGUAGCAUCACCCACUGCUGCCUCUGUCAGCUGUAACUGGAACAACGGCGAGUCUUCUUGUGGCAGCAUAUGCUGUGCAAGCAACCAAUACUGCGUAACCUCUGGACAAUGCGCAGCCGCUGCAGGAGCCAGCUCUAAAAUCAGCUCAGGCAGCUCAGCCGCAACCUCUUCCCCGACAACCACUGUCCCCUUCCUCGCUCCCGUCGCGACCGGCGCCAAUGUCACCCUCACUGGAGCACAAGCUGUAAACUCGGGCGGUCUCUCAGGAGGUGCCAUCGCUGGAAUCGUGAUUGGUGUUAUCGCCGGCCUCAUCUUGCUUUCCCUUCUCUGCCUCUUCUGCUGCGCCCGAACCCUCUGGGUCGCAAUCUUCGGCCGCAAGAAGAACAGACGUACCGAACGCACCGAAGUCAUCGAAUCCCACCACCACACAUCCUACGGCGGCGCAGGAGGAGCAGCAUACGCCGGCAGCCGACCUGAUAGAAGAUGGCCUGGCUCCGAACCUCCCCGCCGCGAAAAGAAGAAGAGCAAGUUCAAUGAAUUGCUCGGAGUUGGUGCAGGUCUUGCUGCCUUGGCUGGUGUGCUGGGCUUGAAGAGGAAGCAUGAUCGCAGACGUGAUGAGAAGAGUGAUUACAGCAGUGCCUAUACGGAUGCUUCGUAUAGUGAUUACUACACUAGUGAGAGCAGUGCAAGCUCUGAUGACAGACGUACGAGAGGAACGAGAGAUGACAGACGCCCAUCACGCCACCGAUGAGAAUAAUACCACGACCGAAACGACGACACUCAGAAGAACCAAGACGAAGAAGAAAGAAACACGAACGAAGAGAAGGAGAAACCACACGAAGAGAAGGCGAAUUAAUGUUCUUAUCCCCCAGCAUGGCGGACGUGGGCGUUCAGGAGCUCGAAGCACAUCACCCUUCUCACUACCUGACCGACCCACGCAUUUCCACGGCGUUUUUUCUUUUCUAUUCUCUUUUCCAUAAUUCCACGACCGCGAGAUAUGGUUGUGUCAAAGGCGCUUUUUUGGGAAGUCAUGAAGAGAAGGAUGGGUUGCUUUUUUUUUGCUCAAAGCUUUGUAGAAAGAAACGAGGCUUUGUCGAUGUAUAUAGGAAGAUGGG